AAUCAUUAUUCUGUCUUUAUCGGUUAUUAGAAUAUAAUAGAUUAGAGUAAAAUAAGAAUACAAGUACUGAAAAACGCUGAAAGCAUUCAAAUCGACCGUAGCUAGCUCAUGGCGUCUAGUUGCGUCAGCUGAAAAGUAGUUUACGUGGUUUUAUCGCGUGACAUCGUGGAAGGCGAAAAGAUUUGACGAUGUUUCCAGCUUACGCACACUUAUCAGCUUACGACAGGCACAAGAAACUCAUAAAUGACUACUUGACAAUUUACGGGAAAUCUGUAUCAUCGUUCAAGCGAGACACGUCCCGAGACAAAACUGAUUACGAUGUCAUCAGAGAGAACCACAAGUUUCUCUGGGAUCAAGAAAAGGAUGUCCCAGAUACUUGGGGUAGCAGAUUAGCUAAGAAAUAUUAUGACAAAUUGUUCAAGGAAUAUUGCAUAUGUGAUCUUACAUAUUAUAAAUAUAAUAAGAUUGCUUUGAGAUGGAGAACCGAGAAAGAAGUAGUAGUUGGCAAAGGACAGUUCGAGUGUGGUAGUAAAACAUGCAAAGAGAAGGAAGAUUUGCGUUCUUGGGAGCUUAAUUUUGGUUAUGAAGAACAUGGUGAAAAGAAGAAUGCGCUAGUAAAAUUAAGACUUUGCCCAGAAUGUUCCAUAAAACUUAAUUAUCGAUCACAAAAGCGAGAGGUGAAAAGGAAGAAAUCUUUGAAACGUUUGGACACAAAUUCCGGAAGUAGCAAUGAUGUACCUACUAUUUCCAGUAAUCCAGAAUCAGAUAAUAAAGCAGAGACAGAUUCCAUCUCAGCUGAGAUACAAAACAAUGAGAAUACUGAUACGAAUGAAUCAAAUAUCUGGAAAGAGAAACCAGCUGAAGACGUAGAAAAGACAAGAGAAAAAGAAUUUGAGGAAUAUUUGGCAGAUUUAUUUAUGUGA